CGCAAUUGUUAAGGAAACUACUAACAAUUAAUAUAUAUAACAAUAAAUUUAAGUUCAAAGUAUUGUAUUGGAUAUAUAUAUACAUGUCAUGUAAUACACGUUCUAAACAGUUCAUAUGUUUACCAUGUGACUUUUAAUUAAUAUUAUUGCAUUAUUAUCCUAAUUCCAAUGAAUUUUUGAAGUAGUUCAAAAUUUGAUACUAUUUUAAUUAAUUUCUUAAGCAUCAAUAUCAUCUUUUCUGUAGCAAUUUAUUUAAAAUUAUUUCUUACCGGCAAAUGAAUUGAGGUUAUGUCAUAUGUAUAUAUAUGUAUAUACAUAUAUAUAUAUCAUUAUUUGGUUACAUUAUUAGGAAAAUAUGAAUAAAUUACUGACUUCAUCGAUAAGAGAAGUAAGUCAAAAGAUAAAUGCUGGUGAUGUGGGACCUUCUGAUAUUACAAAAGCAGCUAUUAAAGUUGCAUCGGCUAUUAAACCUUUAAAUGCUUAUAUUACUAUUACUGAUAAAACAGCAAAGAAACAUGCCGAAAACUCAGAUUCACGGCAAAAAGAUCAUAACUUAUUGGGAAAACUCGAUGGAAUUCCUAUUGCGAUUAAAGAUAAUUAUUGUAUAAAAGGUCAUCUAACAACUUGUGCAUCAAAGAUGCUGUCAAAUUUUAUUCCCACCUACAAUGCCACUGUGUAUCAACGUUUAAAAGAUGCUGGAGCAGUGUUAAUUGGUAAAACUAAUCUUGAUGAAUUUGCUAUGGGUUCUGGAACUAUUGACUCAUAUUAUGGACCAACAAAAAACUUAUGGAACUCAGAUUUGCUUCCAAAAUUUUAUUCUUGCAAUCAUCAAAUGAAAGAACAUACAGAACAGAAUAAAAAUGCAGAUUCCUGGCAUAUAGCAGGUGGUAGCAGUGGUGGUUCUGCAGUGGCUGUUAUAACUGGAAGUUGUUAUGCUGCAAUUGGUUCAGAUACUGGAGGUUCAACUCGAAACCCAGCAUCUUACUGUGGUUUAAUUGGAUUAAAACCUACUUAUGGUUUGGUAUCGCGCUAUGGACUUAUUCCUCUCGUAAAUUCAAUGGAUGUACCUGGUAUUCUUACAAGAAAUGUUGAUGAUGCUGUGUUAGUUUUAAAUACUAUAGCUGGUCCAGAUGAAUUUGAUUCUACUUGUUUACAAAAAGAAUAUGUACCAUUUGACAUACCAGACAAAAUAAAUAUUAGUAAUAUUAGAAUUGGAAUACCAAAGGAAUAUAAAGAGAAAAACCUAAGCCGAGAAGUACAAGAAUGUUGGGAUGAAAUUUCUCGAUACUUAAGUGAAGAUGGAGCAUCGCUUUCCACAGUAUCAUUGCCACAUACUAACUAUUCUAUAAUGUGUUACACAAUUUUAAAUCGUUGUGAUGUCGCUAGUAAUCUUGCUUGUUAUGAUGGUAUGGAGUAUGGUUACAGAUCAGAUGAAUGGAGUUCUGUGCAUAAUAUGUAUAAGAAGACAAGGUCUGAAGGGUUUGGUAAAAUAGUUAAAGAACGUAUUUUAGUCGGGAAUUAUUUUUUAUUAAAAGAAAAUUACGAAGAAUAUUAUGUAAAAGCAAUGAAAAUAAGAAGAUUGAUCUCAGAAGAUUUUAAUACAGUAUGGAAUAAUAAUAUUGAUCUCCUACUUACUCCUACCACUUUAACAGGAGCUCCUACCUAUAAUGAUUUUAUUUCAAUGGAUAACCAGGCACAGUGUUUGAUUCAAGAUUAUUGUACUCAACCUGCUAAUAUGGCAGGUAUACCAGCACUUAAUGUGCCAAUUAAACUAUCUAAGAGUGGUUUACCAUUAUCCCUACAACUUAUGGGACCUCCUUUGAAAGAGAAGGAACUUCUUACUGUAGCAAAAUGGAUUGAACAGAGAGUGCAGUUUCCUAAACCUGAAUUGAAGGAUCUAUCUCUGUUACAAUAAAGUAUUUCUGUAUGAA